AAUUAUGUAUGUAUGCGCGUGAGUAGCCAAGUAUUGUCCGUCUAGCAAAGUGUCAAAGUGAUAACCAAUGAACGGCAGUCCGCUUGAUGAUUUUUGCUAUAAAAGGGGAAAUUUGGACAAAAGUACAUCAGUUUCGUUAUCGAUACUAAAUAGUUGGGUUCGGAAUUUCUCCUCAAAUUAAAACUUCACCACCAAAAUGAAAUUACUUGUAGUGCUGUCCGCAAUUGUAGCCGUUGGUUGGGCUAUGCCACAAUUUGGUGGCGGAAAUGCAAAUGCCAAUGCCGAAGCUAACGCUGGUGCAGGAGGCUUUGGUGGACCUGGUGCAGGAGGAUUUGGUGGCCCUAGAGCAGGAGGAUUUGGUGGACCCGGUGGCGGCGGCUUUGGCAGAGGUCCAGGAUUCGGAGGCGGUUUCGGUGGAAAUCCAGGAUUCGGAGGCGGUUUCGGUGGAAAUCCAGGAUUUGGAGGCGGUUUCGGUGGAAAUCCAGGAUUUGGAGGCGGUUUCGGUGGAAACCAAGGAUUUAAAGGCGGUUUCGGUGGAAAUCCAGGAUUCGGAGGCGGUUUCGGUGGAAAUCCAGGAUUUGGAGGCGGUUUCGGUGGAAACCAAGGAUUCAAUGGCGGCGGUUUCAAUAAUGCCAAUGCUAAUUCUAAAGCUGACGCCACUGCGAACGCCGGUGGAUUCGGAGGCAGUUCGGCUAAUGCUGACGCCACUGCGAACGCCAGCGGAUUCGGAGGCAGUUCGGCUAAUGCUGACGCCACUGCGAACGCCGGUGCAUUCGGCAAGUAGACAUUCGUAUAAAAACGUGCGUAUGAAGUCUUUCAGUAAGCACAUCAACGACAACCAACGGUGUUCGUAUCCUGAUUCAUACAUAUUUUAUAUGUGACUGCCUUAGAAUUAAAUUAAUUUAUAUUAAAUGAAUGAAGAAUAAAAAAUGGAAAAAAAUAAA